AUGCUGCCGCUGCUGCUGACCAGCGUCCUGCACCUGCACCUGCUGCUGGGGCCUCUGCUGCUGCAGCUCCUGCGGCUGCUGCAGAUCGUGUGGCUGCUGCUGCUGCUGCUGCUGCUGCUGCUGCUGCUGUUGCGGCUGCUGCUUGUCGUGUUGGUGCUGCCGCUGCUGCUGCUGCUGCUGCUGCUGCUGCUGCUGUUGUGA